CUCCCUCUCUCUCCCUCUCUCUCCCCCUCUCUCUCUCUCUCUCUCUCUCAUAUACGAUACCGUCAAAUCUCCACCAUCUCUCAUUUUUCUUCAAAAACAGCUACACACACACACACUCUCUCUCUCUCUCUAACUUUAUCCCACCAUUUUAUCCUCUCUUCACCUCUGCCAUUUCUUGUUUGGACUCAAAAACCUUUACCAUUUUCUCUCUCUUCUAUUUGUACUACGACUCCUCACAAAACUAAGCAUAAUUCUACUUGUUCUCUUCUUCUUCUUCUUCAUCUCUCUCUCUCUCUCUCUCUCUCUCUCAUCAAUACCCAUUUGUUCUUAUCCUUUCUCAUCAACAACGCACCUAUGAAGAAGUUCAUAUUGAAGCUUGAUUUACACGAUGACAAGGCCAAACAAAAGGCUUUGAAGACCGUAUCAUCACUUUCAGCAGGGAUUGAUUCAAUUGCGAUGGACAUGAAAGAGAGGAAGCUGACAGUAAUUGGGACAGUGGAUCCAGUGAAUGUAGUAAGCAAGCUGAGGAAGUAUUGGCCAACAGACAUAAUCUCAGUAGGGCCAGCAGUGGAGCCAAAGAAGGAGGAGCCAAAGAAGGAGGAGCCCAAAAAGGAGGAACCAAAGAAAGAAGAAGAGGGCAAGAAGGAGGAGCCAAAGAAAGAAGGAGAGGCUAAAAAAGACGACGCGAAGAAAGACGAGCCGAAGAAGGAGGACGACAAGAAAGACGAGCCGAAGAAAGACGGUGAAAAGAAGGAGGACGAGAAGAAGAAAGAGCCACCGCAGGUCGCUGUGCCAGCACCGAUGCCGAUACCGAUGCCAAUGCCAAUGCAUAUGCCGAUGCAUAUGCCGAUGGCGAUGCCUAUGUAUAUGCAGCAACCUGACCCAGUAAUGGACAUGGUCAAGGCUCAUAGACCAUAUAACCCUCACUUGACCAGUCAUUACCAUGUCCAUAGCAUGGAAGAGAACCCAAAUGCUUGUGUUAUUUGUUGAGUAUUACAAUGUCUAUGGUGCCUUAAGCCAAGGCAUUUUGGAAGCCAAACCUACUACCCCUUUGAAGCUAAAGCUCCCUCUUGUAGAUAAAAAAAACAAAAAACAAAUAUUAUGUCUUUUUGGCGUUUUAUUUACCCAAUAUUUUAGUUUAAUAUGUAGAAAUAUUCAAUAAUUUUGGCUC